CACUGAAGUCAAACCAAACCUAUUCGUUCAAGACUGGUCUUCACAACAUCAUGCGUGUUUGUUCGAUUUAUGUUAGUCUCGCACACGGAUUAGGAGGUUUUGUGCGAGACGUAUCACAGACAAAAACAUUGUUCUCCACUCGUCGCUGGACUGAUGGUAUUGUGAAAAAGAAGGUACUGUACUCCCCCUACACUACUUCUGUAGAACAUUGUCUCCAAUUUUACGCUGGAAAGGAAUCCUCCCCUCCUUAACAGAUGUUGCCGGAGAGUGUUUUCUACUCGCAACAUAGUGUGUAGCGCAGAUGUUGCCAGAGGAACGUAUGCUUCGGUGUACUUUAUCGGGCAGAGCACGUCCAGCUAAUCUCCGUUUACAUUGGCCUUUACUCUUGAAGAUACCCAAGAGUUCCCGUUGUGUCGGCUGUGCGUCAUCCAUGCCUGAUUAGACUUGUGGUCUGACGUCGCCGAGCACCAUUCAAGCAAAAUACCUCACACAAUGUUGAAAGUCUAAAAUGAUUUUUAACGCAUCCGGGAUGACGAAAACCACUUUUUUCUUUCUUAUAUAGAGGUGGAUCAACAAGUUGCCUCCAGUGCGUAAUUUCCAUCUGAGCAGGUCUGGAGCGUAAUCCGCGACACACGUGAUCGACAAAUCACUCCAGCUGCAAAUAUUUCUCAUUUGUCAAGAGAAAUAAACCCCGGACGGAGGUGGAGACGCAUCUUGUGUGAUUACGGCGGGAAUCAAGAGCUGACGGGCCUCUUGUUUCGCUGCGUCUCCAGAUGCUCGACUGGCCGCCACAUGGUAACUUUGCGCACACAGCACGCUGCAAAGGGCACAUAUAGAGAAGGAAUCUGAAUGAACGGGACUGAGAUUUAUUCGCAUUUCUCUUAUCGCCACCCCCAGACUGUUGUAUGUGUAUUAUACCCUGCCGGUUGAAGGUGUCUCACGUUGUCAGCAGAUAUCAAUUCGGCGGUGGAUAUAUCAAUCACCCGAACAGUGAGCAGCAAAUGUCGAAGAAACGGAAAAGUCCUGAUGACCAGGACUUUGAGGACUAUCCGCCUGCAGGAACCAGCGACCAAGGCUUGACAGAUGAGAAAGUGAAGGCCUACCUCUCGCUGCACCCGCAGAUUCUGGAUGACUUUGUGUUGGAGAGUGUGAGUGCAGAGACGUUGGACAGAUGGCUGAAGAGGAAGACCAGCAGCAGGCCUGCAGAUGACACAUCCUCUAAAGAAGUCAGCAGGCAGUACCAGGACACAAAUAUGCAGGGUGUGGUGUACGAACUCAACAGCUACAUAGAGCAGCGCCUGGACACUGGAGGAGACAAUAAACUCCUGCUCUAUGAGUUGUGCAACAUCAUCAAAACAGCAACUAAAGCUGAUGGAUUUGCACUUUACUUCUUGGGAGAAUGCAACAAUAGUUUAUGUUUAUUCUCUCCAACGGCGGCCAAGGAUGGCCCUCCAUCCCUCAUCCCCUCUGGCCCCAUCGCAUUUGGGACAACCAUUGCCGCUCAUGUUGCCAAGACUCGCAAAACACUGCUAGUAGAGGACGUCAUGGGGGACGAGAGAUUCCCCGACGGCACAGGGCAGGACUCAGGGAUCCAUGUUCACUCUGUCCUGUGCCUCCCCAUCGUCACUGCCAUCGGGGACCUCAUUGCCAUCGUGGAGCUUCACCGGCACUGGGGCAAGGAGCCCUUCAACCUCAGCCACCAGGAGGUUGCUACAGCUAAUUUAGCAUGGGCAUCAGUUGCUAUUCAUCAAGUGCAGGUGUGCAGAGGCCUCGCCAAACAGACUGAGCUCAACGACUUCCUACUAGACGUGUCAAAAACAUACUUUGAUAACAUUGUGGCAAUAGAUUCUCUACUUGAACAUAUUAUGAUAUAUGCAAAAAACCUGGUGAAUGCAGACAGGUGUGCACUCUUCCAGGUAGAUCACAAUAACAAAGAACUAUACUCUGACCUGUUCGACAUUGGGGAAGAGAAAGAAGGCAAACCUGUCUUUAGGAAAACCAAAGAAAUUAGGUUUUCUAUAGACAAGGGAAUAGCUGGCCAAGUGGCUCGGACAGGGGAAGUCUUAAAUAUCCCAGAUGCCUAUGCAGACCCACGGUUCAACAGAGAGGUGGACCUGAAAACUGGCUACACCACGCGGAACAUUCUGUGCAUGCCCAUUGUGAGCAGGGGGACCGUUAUAGGUGUGGUGCAGAUGGUGAACAAGUUAAGCGGAAGUGCCUUCACUAAAACAGAUGAGAACAACUUUAAGAUGUUUGCUGUCUUUUGUGCUCUGGCCUUACACUGUGCAAAUAUGUACCACAGGAUCCGACACUCUGAAUGCAUUUACAGAGUGACGAUGGAGAAACUGUCUUAUCACAGCAUCUGCACAUCAGAAGAAUGGAAGACCCUCACCCAGCUCAACCUCCCUACACCUAUUUAUAAAGAGAUCGAAAUGUUCCACUUUGACAUCAGUCCCUUUGAGGAGAUCUGGCCUGCCAUUUUCAUCUACAUGGUUCAUAACUCCUGUGGAAAGACCAGCUUUGAGCUGGAGAAGCUGUGCCGGUUCACCAUGUCCGUAAAGAAGAACUACCGCCGCGUGCCCUACCACAACUGGAAGCACGCAGUGACGGUGGCACACUGUAUGUACGCCAUCCUACAGAAAACCUCUGGGAUCUUCACAGAGCUAGAGAAGAAGGGUUUGCUAAUAGCCUGUCUUUGCCAUGAUCUGGACCAUCGGGGGUAUAGCAAUGCCUACCUCCAGAAGUUUGACCAUCCACUGGCUGCUCUGUACUCAACCUCCACCAUGGAGCAGCACCACUUCUCUCAGACUGUUUCUAUCUUGCAGCUGGAAGGGCACAAUAUUUUCUCCAACCUGACUUCCAGCGAGUACGAGCAGGUGCUGGAGAUCAUUCGAAAGGCCAUCAUCGCCACAGACCUCGCCCUCUACUUCAACAACCACCAGCAGCUGUCGGAGAUGCUGACCUCAUGUGCGCUGGAUUUGAACAACCAUUCCCACAGGGACCGUGUGAUUGGUCUGAUGAUGACAGCAUGUGACCUGUGUUCUGUUACCAAGCAGUGGCAAAUCACACGACUCACAGCCAACGACAUCUAUGCUGAGUUUUGGGCUGAGGGAGAUGAGAUGAAGAAGAUUGGGAUCCAGCCGAUCCCUAUGAUGGACAGAGACAAGAAGGACGAGGUUCCCCAAGGCCAAGUGGGAUUCUACAAUGGUGUUGCAGUUCCAUGUUACACAACACUUGCUGAGCUUUUUCCUCCAUCAGGUCCUCUGCUAAAGGCCUGCAAAGAGAACCUGGGCCAGUGGGAGAAAAUAGCAAGGGGAGAGGUGGAGGACAUCGUGCCCAGCCGGCCUUGUGAUUCAGGCCCUGUUAAGGUGGACAACUGACAGACAAAGGAGGGUUGCUUGCUCACCAAAGGAACACAGCCUGAAUCCUGCCGUGGACCCAGACCAUUGAAGGGGAAUGAACCCGCAAUCUGUGUUGGCAGGAGACGGAUUAGAUAAAAGCGACUUGACUUUCAAAACACACACACACAGUUACCUCAUCGGGUGACGGAGGUGUCAACACUGACGGUUUCACCGAUCCCAGAGAGUGACAGACAGUUGUUGGUGAGGGAAUUCAAUCCAUCGCCCUACAUCCACUCAGCUUGGGAAUUCACUUGGUAGAACAGACUUGGUUGCUUUAUUUUGGCUGUAUUAUGUUAUUUUAUUAUUUUUCUUCAUAUGAGCUGAUUCCAUUAUGGUCUUGUAUUUGCAGAGGCCUUUUUCUGAACCUUUCACAGGCUAGGAUAUGUGAAAUCUUGUUGUCAGUUCAGGCUUUUUUGUUUCUUUUUUUUAAAACGGUACUGUUUGCCUUCUGUGUUUGCCGUAUGCGCACUACUUCAGCAAGGUAUUCCCAGAGACAGAAGGAAUGUGUGAAGAUGUAGGGGUGUAAUGCCAUCUCAUUGAGAAGGUGGACACUAGAUUUUUUUUUAUUACUUUUUCAGCAAAAAUCCUUUGCAGUACUUGAAUAAAGACAUACAGCCUAUUCUGCGAGGAGAUGGCAGAAAUCCCCUGCAGUGUAUGCUACAAGCGUGGAUGAACUGUGAUGAGUUACAUAAUGCCGACAUUUGUGAAUACAGUCACAAGAGAGUCACAAUGUUUCCUGAAGUGGACCCCGUAGCCUCUUAGCCCCAAGCAUGUAGAAACCUGCUGCACAGUACAUCAACAUCCUUCGGAUUAACAGGAUCUGACCCCAGAUCAGCAGUCACUGUUUGCAGUACGGAGAUCAGGAAAAAGAAAUGAGCAAGGUUCCCGUUCCAGAUGUUUAUAUUAAGCCAAGACUGCAUACUGCUUAAUUUCCUCUCUCAUUUUUGAAGCCACUAUCACAUCAUCAAUUACUUUGCACAACAAGUUAACUAAAGAAUGACUGUAGGAAGUGGACUGCAUAGUUUGGGAUGUUUUAUCGUUGUUGUUUUUUUUAUAAGCAAGUUUCAUAGAGGCUGAAGUUAACGGCAAACAGUCAUCUGCUUCAUAUUUUCCCAUAAUGUCAAACCUGUUAAGCUAAAGUGAAAUAUGUCCAACUCUGGGAUUGCAAGUGAAGAAUGUAGUUUGACCGUGUGACUGAAGUUUCCCUCGAAGGAAAUCAAUCAUCCUCUUUUACACUGAUUCUCCAACUUCAUGCUGGGGGUUGGGGGGGGGGCACACACAUUUGGACGCUUUCAGAUGAGUUUCCGAGAUCUUCCAAAAGACAAAUUUAUUUGUCUGAAACUGUCAUUCCAGUGGACAGUGUCCCUCAGAGACUGACACUAUUGCUACAGUAAUUCGUUAUGCGACUGAUACUGCGGCCCCCGGUGUUGUGAAUGUACAUUUCGAUGAAUGUUUCGUUGGUUGUAGACGCUUGGUGGUGGCACGUGGGUAAGCCUGCCAUCAGUUACCACGAUGUGCUCUGUCUUACUUUUCAGAAUUGCUUCCAGUAAGCUUCAACCAAGAGCAACAAUUAGCAUGCACCUAAACCGAACUUUAUAUUCAAACUUUUUGCAUAUAGGUGUAUACUGUGUACAAUCUAGGAUUUAGUUUGUACAGACUGAGAUGUGUGCUCUGAUGGUGCUACUCUGAAUGGCAGUCGCGCACUUUCUGACUGUGUGUGUGAGUGUGUGUGUGUGUGCACGCAUGUGUGUGUGUAUGUGAGAGACACAGAGAGAGAGCACGAGCAUGAAAGAAAGCUUCGUCUUUUCCCCACUCCAACCCCACCUGACAACAUGAUAAAGUCACUGCACUGUCCCUUCUACUUUUCAGCACCAGUUAUAUCCUAUUGUCUGCACUAUGUUUAGCUUAUCAUUAUUAUUAUUAUUAUUAUUAUUAUUAUUGCUAUUAUUACUAUUGUUAUUUUCUUAAUUAGAGUUAAAUUUAAAUUAACUUAUAUUUUUUAUACAAAGAAAAAUAAUGUUGGCCUUUUUUUGUUUUGUACAAAGUAAACAUUAAGAUAAAUUAAACAGUCUAGACAUGUUACUGUUACCAAGAAUAACUGAGGAAUGUCUUAACUGUACAUGUAAGAGCAGUAGCCCAAAUGACUUUUAAUAAAUACCU